UAACAGAGUGUUUACAAAAUGUAUAUUCAAAGAUGUUGUUAUCUGGAGAAAAAUUCAAGUAUAGCCCAGCAGAACUUCAAUUCUACACUAGUCUUGCUAGCAUUGUAAUUCAGAUACCAAUGUCUCUACUAUUGGUUGAUCUAAGUGAUAAUGCAGAAAAGAUUGAUGUAAGCAUCAUACUUUGCUACAUAUUAAAUGGCAUUUUCUUUCAUUUCCAAAGUAUUACUGCAUAUGUUCUUAUGGACUACAUUAGUCCAGUGACUCACAGUGUUGCAAACACUGCCAAACGUGCAUUCCUUAUAUGGCUGUCUGUAUUGAUGUUCGGGAAUCCUGUAACGCUUCUCAGUGGUUUGGGUACCACUGUAGUUAUUUUGGGUGUUCUGCUAUACAUCAAAGCUCAAGACUAUGACGACAAAGUACAAACGUCGAGGCGUAAAGUGAGAGCGAUUUAGUAUUGUCAUUGCUAGUUUGUUACUUAGCAAACAUCAGCUGAUAACUUACAAGUCUGUGAUCUAUUUUUUAUUAUCAGAUUAUUUUAAAAAAUGUGAUAAAAAAGAUAUCGAAGGAGGUUCAGAUUAUUAUUAUUAAAAGUGUUUAAUGUCGUACCUAUUAGAAAAAUUGACAUCAUAAUUGAAGUAGGUAUUUGUUAAUGUCUGUUACAGAUUGUAUCAGUGAAAAAUGUUUUUUUUUUCUAAAUACGUGUUUAAUUAUUUCGAAUGUUAUUAGAAAUUAAUCAAUUUAAUAAUUAGAGAAUAUUGAAUUUAGUGGAUAUUAAGACUGUUUUGUUGUAAACAAUUUUAAAAAAGUUAUUUAACAAUAUCCAUCCCUUGUGUAAGUAUUUGAACAACAGACAGAGACAGUGUACAUUAUGGUGUAUUAAGUUUCUUCUAAUAGAAAAUAAAUUUGUGUCUGUAAAACUGUACCUCCUAACGAUCAACUAUGCAUAUAAUUUCUUUAUGCAAGAAAUAAUUACCAUGAUAUAUCCUGAUUAGAUAACAUUCCAGUAUUUUGUUUUACUUUUUUUUAACAAAAUAUGUAUAAAUACACUGUUUAUUUUGUUUUUUUCUUU